GCAGAGCGACUCGGUGAGACCAACAUGUGUGAAUUUACAUUUUCUCCACCACAGGAAGCAAGUAUCUAAUUAUCCCACGCACUCCACCAUCGCCGAACACUUCGCAAGCAACUUACCUGGAGUCUGGAGAGAAGCAGGCGAACCAGACUCUUGGAGUGGCAGCAACCUGCAGUUUGCAGGUCUUCGGGCGUCUUGAGGAUCGUGUGCUGGACCUCGUCUCGAGCCUCUUCAAGACCGUACUCAAGAAUCCUGCCCAAAAACAACUCCUAACAUCAGCAGACCUACUAGAGCUAUGACGAGCCUUAUCGACCCGAGGUGGGACUCAGCAGUGGUGAAGGAGUACCUCAAGGGAGCCUCCAGAGUAACUCCGCCACCCAGGGUCGACUUCGAAAAGUUUAUGGAAGCCAGCAACAAGUUUUUCGUGAAUUUUCCCGUCAACACUGCCAGAGUGGAGACCCUCGUUAAGGCCGGAAAAGAGGUUCAGAAGUUGAUGGAACACAUCAACAGUGCUCGUCCCGUCGUCCACCACCGCUGCCUGCCGCUCUUCGCCGCCUUCCUCCACCACAAGACGCAUCACGGGACGUCCGUCGAGAAAGCCGUGUAUGAGGGCAUGGACUUGGUGGCUCUGGUGGACCGCCUCCUACGUAAGAGACCCGCCGCUUUCUUGGGGAGAAACGACCAGUACCUCCUUCGCGACAAGUCUCGAGGUCAAGGAGGCUUUGAGAAAAUCGGCUCAGAUCAAGAAACGCAACCACUGUGCCUCAAGGACUACCUCAGCUAUGAUGAAAUGAAGCUUUCUGCUCUGAUCUCUGUGUCCUCGUCUUCCUUCUUUGUCAACAAUGGAUGCCGCACGAACAAGGGCGUUCCGGGCAGUGCUGGUAGUUUCCAGGAGGAGGGAGUUAUAGUGGGGAUGGUGGGCGCCAGGCUGAGAAAGAAGGGAUAUAUGGAGUGGCAGGACUGUAUUGUGACUAAGGCACAGAACACUCAACACAACGGUUAUGGGAGCGUAGAUCGUCCGUCGCUGCUUCAGCAUCUGUGGGCUGUCAUGUGGGGGUCGACGCUGCCCAAGUGGGACGACGUUUCAAGUCAAGACCAGGACUAUAUACAGGUUAACAAGCAGAGCUACCUCAACACGGCAGUAUACAAGGCGCGCAUACAGAUAACCGCCGAAACUCUGCUGGCCGAGGCCAAGUGUCGAGCCAUAUCAUCCGGAUUGAAGGCGUACAUUCACGUGGUCGGCCUCGGGCUGGGAGUGUGGCGAGCGUGUGAGCAGCAAGACAAGCUCUUCGUCGAGGCUUGGGGCUCUGCUCUCCAAGGUGGCGACACAUCACAUGUCGCUCACGUCGAUUUCAGUUGGAUUGGCGCCAAAGAGUGUGGAGGUGCGGGAGACGGGGAGGUGUUUCCUGGCACGAGCGUCACAAUACACUUCUCUAAGCGUUCGCUGCACGACCCGGUGCCCCCGGGGACCAUCUUAGUGGUCAGCUACGCCUGGGACGGAAACUCGCUGCCUGGAAAUGAGUUCUGGAUCGGGAAAUUGGCCAGCACUGGAGACAGCGCCGCCGCGUGUUCGUCUGGCGUGGCCGAGCUGCACAACGCCCACAUCAACGCCAACGUCUGUGGCGCCAACCUGCACGUGGCCGGGCCCUGGGGCGUGAUGCACGUGGCAGAAGUUGCCAGCCGGCUCCGCUGAAACGUCACAACGUGAUAAUGUACAUGGAUGAGGCUGCCUGAUGCUUCCGUUGACGUGUACUUCUUCGUUAGGUCAGGUACUUAACCAUGGUCGCGAGCGCCCCCAUGGCCAACAUACCACGUUAUUAAACACACACUGGAGGUGAGAGCUGGUAAGAGGCAGUAACAAGGAAAGGUCAAAGGUGAACUAAGAAGUGCUUCUGCUCAAGUCGAGUCAGUCGACCUCUCACUCUCGUUGUUAAUAUACUAAUGUUAACUUGUUAAUGUUAACAAGGUACUUUCUCCUCUAAUUAUUUUGUUAUUAUACUUUCUUCUGUCUUUCGACGAAUGCUUGUUAAUACACGAUCUAUAAUUCAUUAAAGCAAAUAACUCAACACGUCAAAGAAAUACAAUUUACGAAAUAGAUUUAGAAAUAGGGUAAUAAAUUUGUAUUUGAUUAUGACCAACAAAACAUAUAAAAAUAUAAAAAAUAAAACAAACUUAUUUCCCCUGUAAAAGUUACGAAAAAUAAAAUUAAAUAAAAUUCCC